AGGCGAUGAGAGCCUGAACCAGCCUGGUAAUGCGGCUGGUGGUAAGUGUGUCAAUCUAUGUGAUGAUGCUAUGAGGGUAAGUGUUUUCAGGUUGGAUGAGUGAAUGGAAGGAGUCCAAGAGUCCCGGGCUUUGCUGGAAGGGAGGUUGGGGCUGCCAUCCCUGAGACUGGGAAGGCUGCAGGAGGUGGGGCCAAGGCAUGGGUGGUCCAACAUGGUAAGAUGGAGAGAACAGAUGGACAUCCAGUGGAGUUGGCGGGUGUAUAUCGAAGGCUAGCUCAGGGCCCCAGAGUCUGAACUGGGGGUACACCUUUGGGAGCUGUCAGCACCAUGGUUUGUAAUGGUCCAGGGCAGGAGGAGAUCACAUGGCAAGAGAGAACAGAGAUGAUGGCCCCCUGGGUCCUCCAGUGUUCAGAUGUCCUCAGGAAAUCAAGAGCAGGAAUGAUGAGUGUGUCCACGACGUUCAGGGCAGCCCUGUGUGGGGAAAAGCUGGGAGAACCUCCCUCAGCUUCGCCCCGUUAGGGUGCAGGAAGCCCAGGGAUGAACGGUACCAGGUCUCUGGCAACCUCCUGGCUGAGAAGGUGCAGUGGGAAGCUACCAUGGAGCAGCCGGGCCCAUCUGCAAGCCCUUUCUCAGCUAAAACUCCCUCCUUCCAGGAUGCAGUGCGCACACUGAAUACCCUGCAGACCAAUGCUGGCUACCUGGAGCAGGUAAAGCGCCAGCGGGGUGAUCCUCAAACGCAGCUGGAAGCAAUGAAGCUGUACUUGGCACGGAGUGGUCUGCAGGUGGAAGACUUGGACCAGCUGAACAUCAUUCACGUCACUGGGACCAAGGGGAAGGGCUCCACUUGUGCCUUCACGGAACGUAUUCUCCGAAGCUACGGCCUGAAGACAGGAUUCUUUAGCUCUCCCCACCUGGUGCAGGUGCGGGAGCGGAUCCGCAUCAAUGGGCAGCCCAUAAGCCCUGAGCUCUUCACCAAGCAUUUCUGGCACCUCUACCACCGGCUGGAGGAGACCAAGGACAGCAAUAGCUGUGUCUCCAUGCCGGCCUACUUCCGCUUCCUCACACUCAUGGCCUUCCACAUCUUCCUCCAGGAGAAGGUAGACCUGGCAGUGGUGGAAGUGGGCAUUGGUGGUGCUUAUGACUGCACCAACAUCAUCAGGAAGCCUGUGGUGUGUGGUAUCUCCUCUCUUGGCCUUGACCAUACCAGCCUUCUGGGGGACACAGUGGAGGAGAUCGCAUGGCAGAAAGGGGGCAUCUUCAAGCGUGGCGUCCCUGCCUUCACGGUGCUCCAGCCUGACGGUCCCCUGGCAGUGCUGCAGGACCGUGCCCAGAAGAUCUCAUGUCCUCUCUACCUGUGCCCACCGCUGGAAGCCCUGGAGGAAGGGGGGCCGCCACUGGCCCUGGGCCUGGAGGGAGAGCACCAGCGGUCCAAUGCCGCCUUAGCCUUGCAGCUGGCUCGCUGCUGGCUGCAGCAAAAGAACCACCAAGGCCUUGGGGAGCUGAAGGUGUCUCGGCCCAGUGUCCUGUGGCAGAUGCCCCUGGCACCCGUGUUCCAGCCCACGUCCCACAUGCGGCAUGGGCUUCGGGACACCGAGUGGUUGGGCCGGACGCAGGUGCUGCGGCGCGGGCCCCUCACCUGGUACUUGGAUGGUGCGCACACCGCCAGCAGCGUGCAGGCCUGCGUGCGCUGGUUCCGCCAGGCGCUGCUCCGCGGCCGGGUGCCGAGGCGCGGCCCUGAGGUACGCGUCUUGCUUUUCAACUCCACGGGGGACCGGGAUCCCGUGGCCCUGCUCAAGCUGCUGCAGCCCUGUCAGUUUGACUAUGCUGUUUUCUGCCCCAACCUGACAGAGGUGUCGUCUGCUGGCAAUGCAGACCAGCAGAACUUCAUGGUGACCCUGGAUCAGGUGUUGCUCCGCUGCCUUGCACACCAACAGCACUGGAGCCACCUGAAUGAGGAGCACGCCAGCCCCAACCUCUGGAGCCCCACCAGCCUGGAGCCUGGUGAGCCCACCUCCUUGCUGCUGGCUUCCCACCAACCCCACACCCAUAGCACCAGCUCCCUCGUCUUCAGCUGCAUCUCCCACGCCCUGCAGUGGAUCAGCCAAGGCCGGGACCCUGUCUUUCAGCCACCCAGUCCCCCACAGGGCCUCCUUGCCCACCCUGUGGCAGGCAGUGGGGCCAGCCUGCUCCGCGACGCUGUAGCCAUCCAUGUACUGGUCACAGGCAGCCUGCAUCUAGUGGGCGGUGUCCUCAAGCUGCUGGAGCCUGCCCUGUCCCAGUAGCCUGGGCAGUGGGAUUGGAAGUGGGGGUCUCCCAUACCUGCCUUGCAUCUCUCCAUGAACUCCUGUUAGGUGCCUUUUGUUGUCUGCUUUUCUAUUCUGUCUAGACUGGCCCAGGGGCCCGGGUUCUGGGCAGCAAGAUUGAGGGCUGGAGAGGGGAGGCCAAGAUGGGACCACCUCUGUCUCUGAGCCUAGGGUGCUUUUGGCCUCUCCUUCCUCCUGGCUGAGACAGCCAGAGGGCUUCCUCUUCCUCGUUCUCCCGCUGUCGGAGUCCACCUGACUAUGCAGCCCACCUCCCUUCCCAACCUGCCUGCCUCCUGGCUUGGGCCCAGCUCACAAUGUGAGCGACCUGGCCAGCCUAGGGUUCUGCUGGGUGCUGGGUGGUAGAUUACCUCCUAGUGGCCCACAAGAGAUGGCGGAUGGUUGGAACCAAUUAAAGCCUUUAACGAAAAAAAAAAAAAGUUUGAUCGACUCUUGAUCCCUAGCGCCCUUAGCACACGGUAGGGUGAGGGCUGCAGCUGGCACAGGAACUGGACUCGGUGGGAGCCCCUCCUCCCAAGUCUCAGGAGGCCUGUCUGAAAUGAGAACCGUGGACUAAUGUCUGUUGGCCUCAGGCCAGGCAUUGCUUUGUAGACCUCCCCACAGAGACCUUGUUCCAACUGAGGCAACUGGCUGGUUUCAAGAAGCCAUGGAACCUGCCCACAGUCACACAGCCAAUUAUGCAGCAGCUUCAGGAUUUGAACCCAGAGCUGUCACCUCCCCACCCAUUUUAGGCUUCCCAUUCUUUCUUCUGGCCCAGCCCAGCACUGAUUUCAUGGUCUGAUUUAUUGGUGGUGAGUAUAUAGGGGUGGGUCCAGGCCAGACAGGCCACUUCCCAGCUGAUGCCUGCCUUGGGGUCUCCAUGUGACAGUUGUAGAGAGGAGCUAGGCUCUCCUGUUCUCAGGCUGGGCACCCCUAGGCUUCUGUUUCCCUUGCCAAAGUCGUGCCAGUCCGGGUGUGAAGGGAGCAGGUCCAGGGGGCUCUGGGCUAGCCUUCUUCUGUUUCCUUGGAGGAGGCCUGGGUGGGCUGGGUGAGUCUGUUUUGAAUUCUCCCCUCCCACCCAGCCCAGGUCACCAAGUGCUGGAUCCAGGUUAAAAUGACAAGAACUUGGUUUCUACAAUAGUGUGGACUUAUAGGGCAGUGGUCUCUCUCUCCGUGGUCCUGGGCAGUCAUAUUCCAGGCCCACUGGGUUUGCAGGUUCUAGGGGGUGGGGUGGGGGGACCCCAAGGUGUUCCAAGCUGGUGCCCCCGCUGGCAGCAGGCCUCUGAGAGGGAGGCAGGAGGGGUGGGCGCAGAGGGCAUGGUCCAUCCUUGGUCGAGUGGAGGGGUUGGGGUCCCGGGAUAAGUUCAUGGCCAGUGGUUCCCAGCUGGUGGCUGCUCAGUCUCUCCUGCUGGGCGAGGGCUGGCUGGGGGGCCCCCAGGUCUCCGGGCCGGGUGCUACGCCAUGCUGCUGGUGGAGCAGGGGGUGCUCUGGGUGCUCCCGAUGCUGUGGUUGGUGCUACUGCUCUCUGAGGAGGCCGGGGCAGCCACCGCCACCACGGGCUCCCGCUUGCCAGGGGGACCUGGGGGCAGGGGCGGAGGUCAGGGCCCCGGCCAGGGCUCCCCACUCCCCCAGAGGCUCCCCCUGGCUCCCCCAGGUGAUGGUGGCAGAGGGGUCCUGAGCACUCAUUGUGGGGGCCUGGGAUACUCACGCGUGUGCGAGUAGAUGUACCAGAGUGCAGCAGUGAGCAGGGCCCCAAUGAGGAAGGCGCCAAAGGUGAUACCCAGCACAGCGGGCAGGACGAGGCCUUUGUCUAAGCAUGCAACGGAAGGAUGGCUGUGGUCAGUGCUGUGGCUCCUCCCUAGCACCCUACUGUGUGGUACUGGCCAGGAGCACAGGUUUGGGCAUCAAUCCCAGCUCAGCCACUGACUCUGACUUCUCUGGACCUCAGUCUCUUCUCAUCAGGCAAAUGGACUCAUCACACCCAGGCCUGGCACUAAGCCAUGGCUGUUCUGACCAUAUACCUAGAAAGCCCUAUCAGGCUUUUGGGCCAUGCGUCUGCCUUCCAAGGUUGAUGGAGCUGCAUCUUUAGGGAAAAUGGAUGGUGUAAUCUGAGCCAAGUGAGGGGGCCUGGGAGUGCAGAGCAUGCCCCACCCCACUGUGUGACCUUAGGUCAAUCCCUGCCCUUCUCUGAGCCCUAUACUAUGGUAAGAAUGGCCAGAGUACUUCUGAGGGCUCUUCAGAUCUGCUUGCUCUUGGGUUUUCCCAAGCCUUGUUCUGUCCACACUCCUGACUCCCGGGUGACUAUGGGCCUCCCCUUGGAUACUGAGUUUCCAUCUAUGCUGUGGGGUAAUUAGCCGUGCUCUCUUGGUCAUGGGCUGGGGUUGGGAGCUCCAUUCUGACCCAAGUAGGGUGGCUAGGAAGCAGGUACCCCUCAGCCUCUGCCCCCAAUGUCAGUGACCUUUUCUGCUUUGUGAGGGGCCCAGGCCCAGAGGGAAUAAACGAGGAGGCUGGAGAGUGCUGGACUGAGGGGCCCCCUCCACACUGGGGGCCUUAAGAAGGUGAGGCCAGCCCUGCCGCAACAUGCCUUCUGCCUCAUUUGAUUUCAGGAUGCCCCUUCCCCCCACCAAGCAAGGUCAGCUGGCAACUAUGGGGAUUAGAGAAAACUAAAUGCCUGGGAUCUGGUCCAUGGGGUAGUCAAGUGCAAAGGCUCUCUAUCUAGCAGAUACAGCACAGAUCCUAUGCUAGGCUGCAAGGGGACCCUUCUGCCCCUCCUUCCAGAGUUGCUCUCUUUGGGGUCCUUCCUGCAUGUGUCUAUGCUGCACCCCUCUGGGCUAUCCAUCAGGUCCCAUGUUGGCCUCAGCCAGUGGAACCCUAGAGAGACUCACCAGGCAGGCCAGGGCUGACGAUGUUCAGACGCAUGGAGAUAGUUCUGUGGGUUUCCUGGGGGAGGAAAAGAGAGGUGGAUAGCAUAGCCUGCAGGAGGCAGCUUCGGGGCUUAUUCCCUGGCUCAGUGACCCUGGUCCUGUCACCAGCCACCCUGGGGCCGUGGCUUUGGGUCCCAUCCUACCAUUUUCUAGCUAAGAGCCUGUGGGCAGGUCCUGGGAGAUCUGUGCUCAGAGAAGGGUAUUGGGUGGACAACCUUUGGCUGCUACUAGGAUGUUCCCUGGGAGGUGCCCGAAUCCCACGAGGAUUGCGGAGGCACUCUGCACUGCAUCUGUGACCUUUGUGAACACCUGGGAGAGAUGAGCCAGGUUAGCCAGAGGCCCGUGCUCAUGGAGGGUAGUGGGGGAGAGGCCAACUCAGAAAUGGCCACAAACGCUUUCCUAGCUUCAUACAAUCAGAGAAGUUUCCAAUCCUGAAGACCCUUCUGUAUGCCAGGACCUGAGGAUAGGUGUGUCUAGGGCUGUGUGCCUGAGGAUGGGAAUCUCCACUGGAUGGUGAAGAAGAAAAUCAGAACUUGGUGUCCUUUAUCUUAACCGUCUUCACUGAGAUUUCCUGUUUAAUGCAGUGACAUUGGUGACUACUAUGUGGAAAGAUGGGGGAGUGUGUGGAUUCCUUGGUGGAUGGAUCAAUGGAUGAGUGGGUGGGAUGGUAAGAGCCUGACUGGCUGACUGAGAUGGUUGGAAGGACUAUGGAUGAGUGAAUGACUUGGUGGGAUGGUGAGAAGUAUCAAGUAAUGAAUGGAUGACUGGUUGGGAAAGUGGGAUGAUGGGUAGAUGGCUGGGUAGGAUGGUGGAAAGAUGGAUGGAUGGAUGGAUGGAUAGUGAGAGGAUAGGUGGUGGGGGAUGAGUGGAAGGAUAGACGGAAGAAUGGAUAGAAAAGGAAGAAAAGGAAGGGGGGAUGGAAGGAAAGAAGUAUGGUGGAAGGCUGAAGGAAGGAUGGAAGAAUGCAUGGAUGGAAGAUGGAUAGAUGAAAGGAAGGAUGGAUGGAUGGAUGCAAAGGAUGAAUGGAUGGUGGAAGGAUGAGUGGGUGGAAGGAUGGAUAGAUGGAAGAUGGAAAGUGGAUGGGUGGAAGACACAAAUGAAAAGAUGAGUAGAUGGCAGACAAAUUGAUGGAUGGUAGAUGAAUGGAUGGAUGGAAGGAAGGGUAGGUGGAUGAUGGAUAAGUGGUUGGGAAGAAAGAUGGAUAGUAGAAGGAUGGAUGGAAGAAAGAAAAGGAAGAAUGAAUAGAUGAAUGGAUUGAAGAAAAAGGAAUGAAGGAUAGAUGGGAGGAUUGAUGGAAGCACGAAGGAAGGAUGGAUGGACACAGCUGCAAAUCCUACUAAUGUCCCAUACUCAGCAAAGCCAUCAGAAGACUGUAGGGUGGCAGAAGGAGUAGCCGUGAUAGGCAGAAGUCCUACACCAAUCUGUGGUUCUUCUGCCCCUUGCCAGCUGGCCCCACAUCAUGGGCUGUUCUACCCCUUCCUGGAAACUCUAGACAUGAAGCCACCCUUGAAGCUGGGGCCCCACUCACCGGUGACAGACUCCUCGAACGCAGGGCUACGGUGCAGGUAAGGGUGCCAGUUGUGGGUGUGGGCACCAUGUAGCCACGGAGGAGGAAGCUGAAGCGCACAUCACCACCAGGGCCUGGGGACAGUAGGCUUACACAGCUGCCCUUAGCUGUCUGGCUCUGGAUGAGUUCCACGGUGUCUCCCUCAGGCCCCAAAUCCAGUUGGCAGCUGUCUAGCUGCAGCGUGAGCUCUGGGAUCGAUGGGGUCAUGCUCACCUGUGUGGGUAGGUAAGAGUGACGAGGCAUGGUCAGUUACUCAAUGCUCCCCUCAUGGAAGAAGCUAGAUUCAUUCAGGAGCUCCAUCCUAGCAGUGGAAGGACAGUCCCCGGUCUGCUUAGAGCAGAUGAGGAGGAGGGGACAUUCCACCCAGUGUCUGACUGCUGUGUCUCCCCGCCGCCCUGCACCCUGCUGGGGAGUUAACUGCACACCUUCUCUGUACUGAUGGUGGAAAGAAAGGCUCUGAGAACCCCAGGGGCGGGCAGGCCUGAGCGGGCAAGUCCAGUACCUGCACAAAGCCCUGCUGCCCCAGCUCGAUGGUGUUGGAGGCCUGGAGGAAGUGUGGGCUGAGGUACAGGCCCAGCUGGAAGGAGAGGCUCUCCAUGUUGAUGCAGUGAACCUUCUUCUGUGGGAGAUAGGAGGGGGCUUGGUCAGUCUGGGAGGCUCCAGGUAGGAAUACUAAGGGGUGGGGGUAGGAAUACGAGCCACAGUCCUGACUUGCUGCUUGGCCAACCCUCGUUAUCACCUUUUUAAAAAAGACAAAGCUAACGUUUAUCAAGAACUUGCUCUGGGCCAGGCCUGGGUGAAUGUUCUUCUAUGUGUCAUGUGAGGGACUGCUCAUAAGCACCCCCACGAGGGAGAUCUCUUAUGCCCCUGUUUACAGAUGUGACCUUCGGUCCAGGAAGCUUAACAGAUUUGCACAAGACCACACAGCCAGUAUAUACUACAACUUUCUGACUUGAGAGGCUGAGGACAGAACCCUAAACAGUACUGCUUCCAUUGUACAGAAGGGGAGACUGAGGCAUACUGAAGGUAAUAACAUGGCUUAUAGCAUCAGGGCCUGAGUUUCCUGAGUCCUGCUCCCCUCUCAGGCCAGGAAAGGGCGCCAGGACCCUGAACCAGAAGGGUUAGCAUGGUAACCAUCCAUCUCACCCACUGCAGUGAAGAGCUUGGGAAGAGGUUGACGACCACCUGCAGGAAAAGAGCCAAGGAGCAGGUCAGAGCCAGAAAGUACUCCAGAGGGCAUCCCACCCAACAUUUAUGGAUGGGGAGACUGAGGCAACCAAGGGCUAAGCUUGUCUUCCCACUGAGCAUCAUACCCCUCUCUCAAAGGCCCAUUGGCCUGGAAGGUCGGAGGCAGCAGCUAAGCUGGCCGAUACCUUUCCUGCCCGCCCUCUGUUCUUACCUCAUUACUGACCACGUUUUCUGUCACUGCCAUGCCACAGCUGGAGUAAGUGCUGCGCAGGACAAACUGGUCGUCUCUGUCCUCAGCCUGGCAGCUGGGGUCUGAGAAGGUCAGGCUCAUGAUGGUGCACCGCAGUGUCUGGGCCAGGGUUGGAGUGGAAGGGCACCAUCAGGAGGCGCGGGGCUCCCUGGGGCCUGCUCCUCACACCCCAGCUCCCAGGACUGAUAACUCAGGGCUCCCCAGUCACAGCAUUCCUCUCCCCUCCUCCUCUUUUCUGUUAGGUCUUACCAGAUCACACCAUUUAAGACUUAAUACCUGAACUACACUCACUUUUGUACGUAGCCUUGUCCUAAGCAAUAAUAUCUGUGACAUCAUGAGCUUGAUUUGCUACUUAUAUAUAUUAGAAUAAGUGCAGAUGUAUUAAAAGUAUUCAUUUGAGUCCUACAUAUAAUCAUUGCCCACAGCCCCAGGGGCAUGGAGAUCCCACCAGCAUAAUCCAGUCUCUGAACCCUAGACAAUUGGAGAUGGCAAAUUUUUCUGAUAAAGAGCCAGAUGGUAAAUACGUUAGGUUUUGUGGGCCAUGUGGACUCUGUUGUGAUUACUCAACUUUGCCAUCAUAGCCCAAAGCAGGUAUGGAACGUAUGCAAAUGAAUGGGUGUAGCUGUAAGCUAAUAAACUUUAUUUACAAAAAACGGGCAGAGGGCCAGGGUUUGCUAUCUCCUGUCUUAGAAGAAUCAAUCUUAGAAUUUUUCCCUCACGCUCUUAGGGUCAGAGACUCAGAGUCUUUGCAUUGAGUGAGCUGUUGGAGAGCCCACUUGAAUCCAGCUAACUCCACAUGGACUUUACAGAUUUGAGUGUCAUUCUAAAGAUUGCUGAGAUCAUAGAUGAUUUGUCAACCUCUGGCCAAGAUUUCCUGCCUCAGGUUAGAAGAAAUCACACAGGGGAAGAUGGGCAGUUAGGAUGGUCCAAUGUUUUAAAAUGUCCCAAGACAAAAAAAAAAAAAAAAAAAAAAAAGAAAAAAACAAAAACAAAACAAAAAAAAAAA